GCCAGCAAGCAUUAGAGGCUCAUUUAUUAAUAUCGCGCCAUCUUCCCCCUGCGCUUCCAAGUUCCACUUCCAUUCUAUUAUUAUUGCUUCUAGCUCUCCAUCUCCCCACAAGGCUCAAAAGCCAUACAAAGACAGAAUAACCAACCCAAAUUCUCAAAUAUAUGCAUCCCCACCGAGCGAGCAAGCGAGUGAGAGUUGUGCUUAAUUAGUGGCUGCAGUUGUUCUGCAUUGCCGUCGUUCAUGGCGAACGGGUGGUGGGUGAGAUCGUUACAGUGCAAAUUAAGAGCCUUAGACGACGUCGUUCCCCACAGCCACGCAAACUCGAAGCUGCUUCCCCUCUUACCCGCAUCCUCCGGUUGCAGAAAGAGCGCUCAGAGCCUAAAAGAUGUCGUCCAAACCGCCAACCAGAAUCAGAUCAACCCUAGAAGAAGGAAGCACAAACACAAACGCCCGCUUCCACGACCGACCUCCAUCCAACCCGAACCCGACUCCCACCCCACCACACGCCGCUCCCGUGUCCCGGAUCCAACCUUUCCGGCGCUCUCCGAGCUCCCGGGCGGCCACCCUUCCCGCAACGUCGUGGAGAUCAUCUUCCACACCAGCUGGUCCCCCAAGGCGUUUUCCGGUCGGAUCGAGAUGGUCUUCAAGGUCGAGAACCUGCCCCGGACAGUCGCCCGGUUCGAGGAGUACCGGGGGAUGGUGAAGUCCCAGGCGGGUGGUGGCGACGGCGGCGAAGACCAGGCCCGGUGUGUGGCGGACGGGAACGAGGUGAUGAGGUUCUUCUGCUUGGGCCCGACGGCCGGCGGCCAGGGGUACGAGUGCGGUGGGGGGUGGGCGUUGCAGUCCGGGAAGGCGGGGAUUUGCACGUUCUCCGGCAGCGGCGAAGCCCACGAGAGCGCCGGCGGGGGGAGGGGCCGCCGGGCCAUGCUGGUGUGCCGGGUCAUUGCGGGUAGGGUGCUGAAGGGGCUGGGGUUGGAGGGACGAGUCGGGUUUAACUCGGUGAGUGGGGAGAAUGGCGAGUUACUGGUGUUUGAUUCACGCGCGGUUUUGCCUUGCUUUCUUAUCAUCUACAAGUUGUAAAAAACGUAAAUUACGGAUUGGCUGUAGUCAAAGUGAAAGCGAAAGCGAAAGCGAAAGCGAACAUCUCCUCCUAAUUUGCAAUUUGCAUUGCAUUUACCAAAUCCAAUUUCUUUUUUCCUUUUUGUCUGUGUGCUUAGUGUUUACACCAAAUUGGUAUCACAAAUCUUAUUUCUCACAUUUUAUUUUUUCUUUUCAGUCCAAAUAUUUAAAUAUAUUUUCACAAUCAAAGGGGAGAUCG